AUGCAAGACUCCACUUCUUCUGCUUCUGGAAUUACUUCUAUGAAAUUACCUGUUAUUGUCGAGGCUGCUCUCGCUAAUAUUUGUUCAAUUACUGGUCUUGUUUUCUUCUUCUUUGAAAAAGAAAACUUGUACGUUAGAGCCCAUGCUUUACAAAGCGUUCUCUUCUUCCUUAUUUCUGCAAUUAUCGGUUUCCCUUUCUUCCUUCUUUGUGUUUGUGUUGGUGGUGCUUUAGAAGGUAUUUAUAUUGCUCUUCUUGUUAUUUAUUUCCUUCUUCGUAUUGCUUUAAUUGUUUUGGCUUGUGUCUUUGCUAAGAAUGAAACCUUCUUCAGCAUUCCAUUUAUUAAGGAAUUAAUCCUCAAAUUGGCAAAUUAA